AUGAGUUCAUCUGGAGAAUUCAAUCCGAUGUCAACUUUCGGCUCAGAAUCUCUUGUUGGAAAACAAGCUAAUGAUUUUGAUGAUGAUGACGAAUUUGAUAAUGAUGAUACACCAAGAGAUCCAAAUUUUUCAUAUCAUCCUAUUGCUUGUGCAACUUGUAGAAGUAUGCAUAAAAAGUGUGACAAGAAAUUACCAAUUUGCAGUGAAUGCCAACUAAGAGGAAGAGAAUGUAUAUAUAGAGAACCAAAAAAGAAAGGAAGAAUUAGAGGAGGUAAAAACAAAAAGAAGAAGGAUACAGGAGCACCAGGAUCAUCAACAAAUCAAUUGGCAAUUUCUCAAAAUCAAGCAAGUAAUUUAUUAAUAAGUUCGGAGAAUGAAAUACAAGGAAGUAGAUUGAAAUACUCUCAAAGAAAAGAUCCAUAUCCUGUUCCUACAAAUCCAGAACAAGAUUUUGAAUUAAGAAAGAAAUUAACAAUGCUCAUUCCAUCAACAUUGAAUAAUUUAUUAAGCGAGAAUUACUCUCUCUACAAACAAUUUUUGAAAAUUAAUACUAUUGAUUCUUAUUUCAAUAUUGUUUCAGGAGGGCAUCCUGUUGUUGGAAGAAAAGUCUUGGAAGAUUUUCUCUUUACAGAAAAUCCAUAUAAUAAUACAGAAUUGAUGGCUUUAGUAUUUUCUAUUCAAGCCCUUGUUGAACAACGAUUAGGAAGACGAGAACGAGCUAUGGAAGAUAUCAAUAUUUCAAAACAACUUUUAUCAUCCCUAUUCGAUAAGUGUGACGAUUUCUUUGUAGUUAGUACAUUUAAUUACAUUAGUUACUUUUUUGCAGGAGAAGGAGAUGAUAGUAGAGCAAGAUUCUAUUUAAAUAAUGUAGAUUACUAUUUCAAAGAAAAGAACUUGUUGGAUCAUGAUAAUUUGACACCUGAAAUGAAAAAUUUGGACAAGGUUAAAACAGUUACACGAUUGAGUAUAGAUUCACAAAAUUAUCACUCAACUGAAGAUGAACAUUUCAUGUGUACAAGACUGACAUUAAUUUAUAGAUAUGCCACUGGUAGACAAAUGCCAGAGGAAUAUAUGACAAUUGCUAAACAGAAAAUUACUCCUCAAAACGUCAUUAGUUAUCUUGGAUUACUAGAUAGCGUUUGUUCAUUCCUUACUCUUCACAAUCAAACAUUUUCGUUUACUCCUGAACAACGAGAAUUAGCCACCAUUACUGACAGUAUGGUCUAUCAUGGUUCUCGAAUGAGAAUUUUAAUUGAGGCUGGUAUUCGAGGUCACUUAAUUGAAGUAUCUGCCAACAAGAUUAUUGAUGAAACUACAAAAGAAACAUUCCCAGUUGUACCUGUAGCCUUAACCAGUGUUGUGGCUGGCGCUUGUAAAGUUCACUUGUCAAUAAUUAGAAUGAUAAGAGUUGGAAAACGAGUUAAUUUAGCAGAGGGUAUUGACUAUUACGAUUAUGUAGCUAAAGGAUUAAGAGCUUUGAAAAUACUAGGAACAAGAUAUGGAAGAGUUAACAAGUUUUGUGGAAUAAUUAUGAAAGAACAAGCAGAAGUAAUAGAAGGAACCAAUACUGUCAAUUCAAUUGAGGAAUUAACAUCCCAAAUUGCAAAGAGACAACAACCACCUACCCAACAACCUGUAAUUAACACUCAAACAGCACCAACUAUGAAUCCUAACUUACCAUUUGGAAAUGUUAAUCCUCAACCUCCAAGAUUUGAAGAAAUCAUGUCUUCAUCCUCUUCCUCAACCUCAUCACCGUACACUAGUUCUAGCUCAUCUGGAGAAUUCCAAUCACCUCAACAAGCAUUUAUUCCCAUCAAUCCAACAAAUAAUACGCUUAAUGAUCCCUCUGUAUCAGAACUUCUUUCCCAAAUUUGUAACACUAUCAGUGUUCAAGCAUCUUCUAUGAGAAAUAAUUCAAUCCAAUCCCAACAACAUUCAUUUGAUGUAAAUAUGAUCAAUCAAACUCAUUUACCACCAUCCUUUGCUGAUAUUAAUCCACAACAUUUACAACAUAACUUUCUUCCAACCGUGACAAAUAUUCCACCAACUUAUGGCAGUGAAGUAUUCAUGCCAAGUGAAGAAUUGGAGCAAAUACUUGGAUCCUUUGAAAAUGAGGAACAAAGUUUCAAUGACUAUGAUUAA